UUUGUAUGAAAUAUAUAUAUAUAUAUAUAUAUAUAAAUUCAAAUAUGUUACCAAAGGCUCCAUAUGAAAACAUUAAGUAAAGAAAAUCCGGAGAGCAUUUUCAUUUUUUCAAAUGUGUUUCCUGUAGUUAUUGAUUGGAUAACAAAGACCGUAAUGCUUUUCUUAAUAUUUUGCCAAUCAAAGUCUAAUUAGAUGUAAUAAAUAGAAGGUGAUAUGAAAUGUUAAAAAUAGAAAAAUCAAAGUGUUGAAGAAAUGGACCAGUGCAAAAUAGUUUUGGUAGUAUUUUAGCACACGACCACAACGAACGUUAUGCAUACAGCAUGUUGGAACCUCCAAAAUAUUUGCGUCCUUUAAUCUGUAAGAAAUUACACCUCAUCUAGAAAUCAAACUUCAGAUCUAGUGUUAAAGUUUUUAGACUUUAACCACUCUGUGAUGGUGCUUCCAUUGUUACAACUCUGUUCUAUAUAAGCGUUUGUGUAAAUGUAUUCUCAGGCAUUCCCAUUCUUCUAGUCCAAUGUCUACUUUCAGCUCUUAUUUACCAAAAUGCUACUACCGGAAAAGAAAUACUUCGUCGUCCUAAGCGUUUUGUAUGCAAAUUCAUGACCACAACAACGUCAGAUAAUGCUUCAGUUGAUGUCCUUAGUCGACGCUCCGGCAACUAUCAGCCUUCUCCUUGGGACCACAGUUAUAUCCUCUCCAUCAACAAUGAAUAUGUGAAAGAGGAGAAAGAGAUAGCUAGAGACUUGUUGAAGGAAAAAGUGAGGAAGAUGCUUGAUGUUGAGACAAAGAGUCGUCUAGAGCAAUUAGAGCUCAUCGACGAUUUAGAAAAACUUGGGGUUUCAUAUCAUUUUGAGGUAGAAAUAAAUAACGUUUUAAUGGAUUUACAUCAUCAAAAUGGAAGAAGCAUCUGGAAAUGUUACAAGGAAGAAGAUUUACAUGCAACCUCCCUCGAAUUCCGACUUCUUAGACAACAUGGUUUUUAUGUAUCCGAAGAUAUAUUUGAUGUGAUCGUUAAGAUGAUAGAAAAUCAAACGUUCAAGAGUGACGAUAUAAAUAGUAUCAUAUCUAUGUAUGAAGCGUCAUAUCUCUCCACGAAAUCGGAUACUAAAUUGCGUGAAGUCAUCAGACCUUUUGCCACAGAACAAAUAAGGAAAUAUGUUGAUAGUAGUCAUGAUGAUUAUACAUGCAACCUUGAGGUGCAUGAGAAGGCGAUUCAUGCGCUAGAAAUGCCGUACCAUUGGAGAAUGAGAAGGCUAGAAACGAGGUGGUACAUAGAUGCGUACGAGAAGAAACAUGACAUGAAUCUUGUCUUGAACGAAUUUUCAAAAAUCGAUUUCAAUAUCGUACAAAUUGCUCAUCAAAAAGAUCUCAAAUACGUUUGCAGCUGGUGGAAGGAAACAUGUUUGGUUAAGCAGCUUCCUUUUGUAAGAGAUAGAAUAGUCGAGAAUCAUUUUUGGGCCGUUGGAUUAAUAUACGAACCUCAAUUUGGAAAUAUACGACGGAUCAUGACUAUAGUCGCUGCAAUUAUUACAACCAUUGACGACAUUUACGAUAUUUAUGGAACUCUUGAAGAACUUGAACUCUUCACUGCCGUGGUUGAUAAGUGGGAUGUAAAUCGUCUCGGUGAGCUCCCCGAGUAUCUGCGGUCGUGUUUCCUUAUUUUGUUCAAUGAAACAAACAGCAUUGGAUGUGACAUUCUCAAAUAUAAAAAUGUUAACGUCAUCCCAUUUUUAAGAAAAUCGUGGGCAGAUUUAUGUAAAGCAUAUCUAGUUGAAGCAAAGUGGUACAAAAAGGGUUACAAACCAAGCGUGAAAGAAUACAUGCAAAAUGCUUUGAUUUCAAUCUCUGCCCCAACGAUAUUGAUCCAUUUUUACUGCGUUUUCUCUGAUCAAAUCUCGGUUCAAAUCUUGGAGACUUUGUCUGAACACCAACAAGACAUUAUCCGAUGCUCUGCCACCAUCCUCCGUCUAGCUAAUGACCUUGGAACUUCGCCGGAUGAACUGGCAAGAGGGGACGUUCUCAAAUCGGUCCAAUGCUAUAUGCAUGAGACCGGAGCGUCGGAGGAAGAGGCACGUGCACACGUGCAGCAGAUGAUCUGUGAAACGUGGGAUGAAAUGAACGACGAAACAAAAACGGAACGCGCUUAUUCUUCGUCACAGUUUCGAGGUUUUGUGGAAGCCGCAGUGAACCUGGCACGCAUGUCGCAGUGCAUGUAUCAAUACGGCGAUGGUCAUGGAUGUCCCGGCAAAGCAAAGACCGUUGAACGUGUCAUGUCCUUGCUUGUUAAUCCAGUCCCAUUAGAUGGACUUAAGUAAAACUAAUUAUCAUUUUAUAACAAUCAUAACUAUGCAACUCUAGAUCUUUUGACUCGAACGAGACGAUGGUAUAAAUAAGCUUAUGAUUUAUACAGUCAAUACCCUGAGUCAACUAUUUAGCAGUAAAAUCAAAAAAUAGAUAAGGACAUUGUCCAUAUGCGCAGAAGGUGUGGAACCUUGCGCCUUCCAGGACAGAAGUGGAGAGCAGCGGAAUGGUAGAUUUGGCAGCUAGCUGGUCAUCUCUUUGCUCCAAACCUUGUCUCCCUCCCUCGGGGAUAACCUCUGAGUCUCUCGCUCCCUGGAUUCUCUGAAAUCU